AGACAUCCCAGACACUGUCCCGCUUUGCCCCAUGCAAUGGCCACUGGACUGCCAAAUGGCACUUGCUUCAGCGUCAUUUCGUCGCUGAAGGGGUGACAAGUUGAAUGUGGGUGUUGCUGAAUUCACAAUCGAGCAGUUGGAACGUGGUGGAGCGGCUUAUCUUUCCGGCGCCCAAGGUGUCCUACACGAUCCACAGCUUCCCCAGGGAGCUGAUCCUCAUCCCACGCCAGGAUGGUGCAAAAGUACCGUGCUUGUUCCUUCCAUUUCAACAUGCUCGUUUCCUGUUCAUCUACUUUCACGCCAACGCGGAGGAUUUGGGCUUGAGCUACGGCUUCUGCAAGAUGCUCAGAGAUCUCUUUCAAGUUCAUGUCUUGGCCGUGGAAUACCCUGGCUAUGGCAUCUGUCCUGGAAGUUGCGAUGAGGCCGGCAUCAUGGCCAAUGCGCAUGCGGCAUUUCACUUUGCAACGGAAACGCUGAAGUGGCCCAAAGAUGGCAUCAAGCUCUUUGGCAGAUCUUUGGGAACCGGUCCCACGGUGCAACUGGCGGCCAAGGCGGAGGUUGCCGGUGUCAUCCUGAUCAGUCCCUUUACGAGCAUCCGCGAGCUCUUUCGCGGGCAGAUCGGACAAAUGGCAGAUUUUUUGGAGAAUCGCUUUCCGAAUUUGGAGUUGACGCCGAAGAUCAGAAGUCCGACCUUGAUCAUUCAUGGCUUACAAGACUCCCUGGUCUCUCCGGAGCAUGGGCGAAGGAUCUAUGCCUCCAUUGGCUGUAAGCGGAUGAUUGUGACGCCACACAACAUGAGUCACAACACCUCCUUGCUGAAGGACGCUGCGACCUUCAUUCUGCCCAUGACGCAUUUCUUCUCUUUGCCCGACUACAGCUUCGAAGAGCUUUCACUUCCCAGCUGGGUUUUCCCUGCUGGUGAUGCUGAUCUCCAGUCUAAGCAGAGAUACGACUUGGAAUGGUUUCCGCCCAUGUGCACGCACAGCUGCAUCCAGCCACGCAACAAGGAGGAGGCCAUGGUGGAGCCCAUCAGCAGACUCAAAGCGUGCCAUGGGCCGCCCGAAGACGCUGAGGCGGAAGUGCGUGUUUUUUCACUGCCAGCGGAAACCGGCAGUUCCGCUGCAUCGCCCACUGACACGGAUCAUGACUGGACUGAUGCCAGCGGCAUCAGCGCUGUGCCGACGGAUCUACGGACUGCACCUGCGCAAGCUGCGCUUGAUGCGCCGGUGCAGGCACAUGAGCGUUUCGGCGUGCAUGGGCAAUGUCUCUUUGUGGUGCGCCCGGAUCAUCACGUGGGCUUCCGCUGCGAGCCCAUCCGUUCAGGUCAUGGGAAGAAGGAGGAUGCUCCUGCUUCCACUGCCGUCUUUGCUGCUGAUCCUGUUGUACUUCUUCUGAGCCACAUCGAUGUCCUUUUGGGACUUCCAAUCUCCGAUGGCAGUUUCGAGCCACUUGAGGUGGAGAGUGUCCGCAGCAAUGAUGCAGCCCUGGUGGCUGCCAAAGCCAAUGGCUUUCACGACUUUGACGUAGAGGUCGCAGGCAACGUCUCGGCCGAAGCUGCGUUUCGCCUGCGGGGGAAGUUGCGGGCCCGGGAGUUGGUGGAGCUGCGGAAGUUGCUGGAGGGCGAGCCCAGGUUCUCGGUACUUCUUGAUCGCCACUGCAAGGCGGUGCAUGAACUGAUCCUCUGCAAGAACCCAGCACCGGUUCUCGCAGUCUUGGCUGGCCUGGUGUGGAGCAGCUUGAGUAUUGCUUGGGAGCUAGACACCAGCCACAUGCCCAAGGCACGGAUGAAGAUGCAACUGGAAGAGCUACGUGUGAAGUUGGCAAAGGUGCUACAGGAUCUGAGCCGUUCGCGGUCCAGUUACUUGAAGGACAGCCUUUACAGUCGCGAAUCGUCGCCAGUGGUUUGGGGAACUCGAAGAAAAUAUGGCAACUAUGUCGAAUCAGACCUGGCGGUGGGCGGCGUCGCGACACACCGCGACGCUGCAGUGGGGGAUGACGCAGACGCGGCGGACGUGGGCGUGCAGGCGUCACCUUCCUUGCCCCUCUGGGCCUUAGAGAAGAUUCGUGGCUUCUCAGGUCUUUCGCAACCAGUGGACAAGAAUACGGUUCAGGAGCUCUUAGCUUUGCUUCCCGCCUUGCCAGCACCAGAUGGACCCAAGCUGCUGUUGGACGAGAUUCGCUUACGAAAUCCUGAGCUCUUUGAACGGCUCUAUGAGAGCAUGAGGCGGACCAAACAACGAACAGAGGAGCUGGUUUCCCACCGCGAGAAGCUGCGGCGUUUCGAUGAGCUCAGCAUGCGCGAGAUCGAGCGCCUGGUUCAUGAAGAACAGCCUGUGAUGUUCUAUGAGCCUUUAAACUACUUGGAUGAUGAGACCAAAGUGCAUGUCUCUGAGGUCAUCGAAGAAAAACUGAAGUUGCUGCUGAAGCGGCUGCAGAUGCCAGCCCCACUGGAUCUAAAGCACUUCCUGGCGAUGGAGGUACCUGAAGUUCCGCCCGUUGAAGAGGCGAAGGUACCGCGGACUGAGCGCAGUGAGGAGGAGGAGGAAGAGAAGGCUGCCCUGGCACAACGUGAGCGUGAGCUGGACAUCAAGGAGGUCCGCUUGAGGGCGCAAAUGGAGGAGAUGCGCGCGGCCCGCCAGACAUUGGAAGGGGAGAUGUCUCAGAAACUUCAAGAGGCCGAGGCGCAGACAUCAGGGCUGAUGCCGGCGAUGUGGACGGUGACUGAGAUGAGCGCCAUGAUCACCUCAAGGAGGCCCUGGGAGCCCCGGGAGCCCUGGGAGGCUUUUGCAGCGCCGAUGUCACUCCGACCCGCCCCGUGUCGUCGUAGCAGUUUCUUCGACGCGGUCGAGGCGCUGAGACCGGAAGGCAUCGACGACGUGCAACACACGGAGUACGGCGAGCCCUUCAUCGGCAACACGGGUUCUGGCGAGGUGCCGGGCGUCGGGGCGUGCGGGUGUCCCAGCGCUUUGCAAUGA